AUGUCUGCAGAACCGCGCGCGGAUUCUGCGAUAGCGCAGUCGUCUUCAUCUCCGGUUGCAUCGUCAUUACCAACUGCAAAGCCUCUGGACGAGUCAAAUUCCGCAUUGCAAGCCGAUAUGACCUCGACUGAUCAAGAAAAAAAUGCCGUCACACCAUCCCAUCAUGAGUACGACACGGAUCUGGAAGCCACCACCUCGCAAGCAGGCAUGUCGCUCAAGACUGAACAGGAACUCGGAGAGGCGGUGCUCAAAGCACAAGGCGAAGAUGCCGCCAUCUACUUUCCAGAAGGCGGGUUCAAGGCAUGGCUCUGCGUCUUUGGCGGUUGGUGGUGUACCUUCAUCACGUUCGGCUAUCUCAACGCCUACGGAAUCUUCCAAGACUACUAUCAACAGACGACGCUCUCGAACAAGACACCCAGUCAGAUCUCAUGGAUUGGCGCUUUCCAGUACUUUCUCAUGUUUGCCCCCGCCAUCUUUGCCGGUCGACUUUUUGACCUGGGCUUCUUUCGACCUCUCUUUACCGUAGGGUGUGUCCUCCUCGUCUUCUCGCAGAUGAUGGUCAGCUUGUGCACCGACUACUAUCAGCUCUUUCUCGCUCAGGGCGUCGGUCUGGGUCUUGGCUUUGGCAUCGUUUUCAACCUGGCCAUCAACUGCCCCGCACACUACUUCAACCGCCGACGUGGCCUGGCAUUGGGCAUCGUCGCUUCGGGAUCGUCAACAGGAGGUAUCGUCUUCCCCAUUAUGGUGCGCAGACUCAUCCCACACAUUGGCUACGGAUGGACCAUGCGCGUGGUCGGCUUCUUUGCGCUGUUUGCCGUCAUCGUGGCAUCGCUCUCGCUCUCGACACGCUUGGCCCCUUCGAUCGACGUGCAUGACAAGUCCAAGGGCGGAUGGAGCCAGGUACAGUGGACGCAGUUUUCGGCCUUCCGCAAUCCAGCCUACACGUUCUUUGUGAUUGGCGCCUCGCUGAUCAUGUUUGGACUGUAUAUGCCCUUAUCGUACAUGGAUGUGUGGUCGUCCACCCACAAUGUUCCUGCCAACGGCUACUAUUUGCCCAUCCUCAACGCCGCCUCGUCGUUCGGUCGAAUCCUGCCAGGCCUCGUAGCAGACAAGCUCGGCCGGAUCAACACGGUCUUGCCGCACCUUGCUGUCUCGGGUGUGCUCGUCUUCAUCUUCCCGCUAUGCAGCAACCUGGGCGGCCUGGUGACAUUUGCCAUCCUCUACGGCUUCACCUCGGGCUGCUACGUCUCGCUCAUCCCCGCGUGCUCUUCGCAGCUGGGAAGCACGAGCACGGUGGGCACCAGGAACGGCAUGAUGUUCUUCCUCAUGUCGUUUGGAGGUCUGUUUGGCUUGCCCAUCGCAGGCGCGAUUCUGGGCGACGUCGACAGUCCAAAUUGGUGGGGCACCGCCGCAUUUUCUGGUGUCAUGGUGGUCCUCGGCACUGCCAGCAUUGCUGCUGCCAAGUGGUACGCGGUAGGCGGCAGAAUCCGUGGCAAGAUUUGA